AUGGGUGUGAAAACAUCAGAAGAUCUAUACAACUUUGUAAAAGAUAGUAUAAAAAUAAAAGAAGAAUUAGAUAAUCAGAAGAAACUUAAAAAAUCAGAGAGAAAAAUAUGUGAGUUGAAGAAUAAACCAUCAAAAUAUGAACUAGAUUAUAGUAAGUUUGAAGAAUGUUUAAAUGAUAUUGAGAAUGAAGAAAAAGAAGAAAGACAUAGAGAAGAACAUAAACAUGAUUUUAUAAAUAAUAAAAACCCAUGUUCUCAUGACCAUUCAAAAGAAAGACAAUUAUAUGAAAAAUCAACAAAAGAAAAAAUUAAUGCUUCAAAUUUAUUUAAUGAAGAAGGAAAAAAAGCCUUUUAUGAAAAAAAUUAUAAACUUGCUUGUGUUUAUUUUCGUAAAGGAUUAAUACAAUUAGAUUAUAGUUUUCCAGAUACAAAUGAGGAAGAAAAUGAACAAAGAAAACUAGAAAUUAAUUUACAUCUAAAUAUGGCUCUAACCAAAUUUCACAUGUCAAUGUUUUAUGAAUGUAUAAGUGAAUGCUCAACGGUUUUAAAUAUAGAUAAAGAUAACAUAAAAGCAUAUUACAGGAAGGGGCAAGCUUAUAUGAGCCUCGAUUUAUAUGACGAUGCAAAAAGAGAAUUCUUGAAAGUACUAGAAAUAAAUCCAAAUGAUAAUAAUACAAAAAAGUCGCUAAUUGUUUUAAGACAAAAAAUUAUAAUUUACAAUAAAAAAAAAAAAUUACUGUGUGCUAAAUUUUUUUCAUCUAACGAAAAGGAUACAGGUAUAAAUGAAAAAGAAGAAUAUAUAAAUGACAAAUCAUCUGUGGAAAAAAAUGAACUUAAUAUGAUGAAUCGAAAUAUAAAUAAAAAUAAUAUAAUAAAUAAUAAUAAUACGAUAGAUAAUAAUAAAAAUCAUAUACAUAUAAAUAAAAAUGAAAAUAAUUUUUUUAUAUAUAUUUCAAACAUUUUUAAAAAAUGUUCAAAUUUUUUUGUACUCAAUAAAAUGUUCCUAUAUAUUUAUAUUUCUUUUUCAUUAUUCUUUUGCAUCGUUCUUCUUCAUUUUUAUUAUUUAUAA